CGGCCGCCGAGCGAGCCUCUCCGCCCGCCCGCCCGCCCGCCUGCGGGCCAUGGCCGUGGAGCUGCGGCGACAGCGGGCCGGCGGCGCAUAGAGGGGAGGCCGGGCCGAGGCGGGCGAUGGACUGGCGGGGCAGGGCCGGCUGGGGCUGGGCGCUGCCGCCGCUGCUGCCGCUGCUGGCUCUGGCGCUGCCGCCGGCCUCGGAGGGGCCCGUCCCGGGCGAAGUGGACGCCGAGGCCUGGCUCCAGUCUUACGGCUACCUCCCGCCAUCUACCCGCCAAAUGUCCACUCUGCGCUCGGCUCAGAUCCUCUCUUCCGCUUUGUCUGAGAUGCAGAACUUCUACGGCAUUACUGUGACAGGCAUCCUGGACGAAGAGACAAAAGCCUGGAUGAAGCGGCCCCGCUGCGGAGUCCCCGAUAAAAUUGGAUCUCAGAUCAAAGCCAACAUGCGACGAAGGCGAUAUGCACUGACUGGACGCAGGUGGAGCCAGGAGCGCCUGACCUUUAGCAUCCAGAACUACACAGAGAAGGUGGGCCGCUUUCAUUCUUACAGUGCCAUCCGCCGAGCCUUCCAAGUGUGGGAACAAGCUACCCCCCUCGUCUUCCAAGAGAUCCUGUAUGAUGAAAUCCGCUACAAGAGGAGGAAGGAAGCAGACAUCAUGGUGCUCUUUGCCUCUGGCUUCCAUGGAGACAGCUCCCCCUUUGAUGGUGCCGGGGGUUUCUUGGCACAUGCAUUCUUCCCGAGUGCUGGUUUGGGUGGGGAUGUGCACUUUGAUUUGGACGAACCAUGGAUGCUUGAGAACAGAGACGUGUCAGAAGGAAACAAUCUCUUCCUCGUAGCUGUCCAUGAACUGGGCCAUUCUUUGGGCCUGGAGCAUUCGAGCAAUCCCAGCGCCAUCAUGGCGCCUUUCUACCAAUGGAUGGACACUGAGAACUUCCAGCUGCCGGACGACGACCUUCGCGGCAUCCAGCAGCUCUAUGGUGCUCCAGGGGGGCAGCCACAACCUACCAAGCCCUUUCCUACUGGGACAUCCAGAAAACCAGAGCAGAGGACCUCUAGGCCACCCCCUGGCAAGCCACACUGGCCCCCCAGGCCGGGCACCCCAGACCAGUCAGAGCCCAACAUCUGUGAUGGGGACUUCGAUGUGGUGACAGAGCUGCGUGGAGAGAUGUUUGUCUUCAAGGGCCACUGGUUCUGGCGGGUUCGCUAUAACCGGGUGCUGGUCAACUACCCUAUGCCGAUUGGACACUUCUGGAGAGGUCUCCCGGGGAACAUCGAUGCUGCAUAUGAGAGGCACGAUGGGCGGUUCGUGUUCUUUAAAGGGGAUCAGUUCUGGCUUUUCCGAGAGGCAAACUUGGAACCAGGUUACCCACAGCCCCUAACUAGCUACGGACUGGGCAUGCCAUAUGGCAGAGUGGACACUGCCAUCUGGUGGGAGCCCACAGGGCAUACCUACUUCUUCCAAGGGGACAGGUAUUGGCGCUUUAGUGAAGAGAGGCACAGUAUGGAUCCAGGCUACCCAAAGAAAAUCAGCAUAUGGGCCGGAAUCCCUCAUGCUCCCAAGGGAGCCUUUCUGAGCUCUGAUGCAACCUACACCUAUUUCUACAAAGGCACAAAGUACUGGAAGUUUGACAAUGAGAGACUGAAAACAGAGCCGGGCUACCCCAAGUCUAUCCUGCGUGACUUUAUGGGGUGCCAUGAAGAGGUUGCCAUUACCCCCAACCCCGGCCAUCGGUGGCCUAAUCUGGGCAGGCCGACCGUCAGUCCAGGCAGCAGCGAGGAUGAAUACAACGUGGACACUCACCCUGAAGAGGAAGACAACGAAGCGGAUGUGGAGGACACUUACAGUGACGACGUGGGUGGUGGCAGGGGCAAGGGCCAUGGGCACGGCGGAGACAACGAUGUGGACAUUGUGGUGCACAUUGACGAAUACCCCCUGACCCUGAGCAUUGUUAUGGUGAUGGUGCCACUGGUGCUGCUGCUCGGGAUUUUGGGCCUCGUCUACGUCCUGGUGCAGUUGCAGCGGAAGGGCACUCCCCGAAUGCUCCUCUACUGCAAGCGGUCUUUACAAGAAUGGGUGUGAAGCCCAGCCACUCCACCAAUGGCCCUGGUGCUCUUGACGCACCUCUCGCUACCUCCCGGUCUCUCCCUGUGGGCUAGUUUAUCAGUAGAGCUUUCUUUCUCCCUCCCCUUGUCUCUCCCACGUGGAGGAAAGGCUUUGAGGGCCUCAGAAGGUCUUUGAGGCUGAUCAUCUCAGGACCAAAGCAGACCUUGUCACUUCCUGCGUAGGACUGGCCUGAAAGAUCCGGCAUCAGUGCAGGCAUUUAGUGGUUGGCGGGUAAGAGGGUGAUCUCUCCCGUUGCGUAGACCAACCAGCCUUGCCCAAGAGAUGCUGCCCCAGUGCCCCAGUUUUGAGGCAUGGCUUUCUCUUACGGAGUUUGACCUGUUGAUGGAGCCUUAUCCUGCGGAUCUCGUUCCCCGUUCUGGGUUCUAGUACAUACACAGUGGUCUGGAUCCCUGUUUGCAAAGACUGAAUGGCGGCCAGUCAGGAAGGGGGAGAGCGCUUUACCUUUUUUGACCCGUUUUUGUCCUUUCUGUGCAUGGGCUAUCCAAGCUGCUUCCUGACAAACUAAACCAGACUAAUUGCGGUAUGUGUGUGUGUGGGGGGGGGGGGGGCGUUACUUCCUUGCCUUUGAGCACCAUUCACUGUCUCCCUUUCCAAAUCAACAGGGGGAAAACAGAUGCUUGUUCCAGUCACUGUCAUGCACAGGACAGUGAAUUUCGGGUGCCUUCAGAUGUGACAUGCAUCCUACAGAUCUUGCCUUCAUUUUUGUUUUUUAGAAAGAAUUCUAGCCUUUUUAGCUGCAGAACAAAACCUGGCAACUCUUUUACUGUCGUUUGUUGGAGUUUUACUACUCCUGGUGAAGUCUCUGAAGCCAGAGGCAGACUUGGCAGGCCCUGUCAAGGGAGGCAGUUUUGAUGCCAACUAUUCCUAGCUUGCCUCUCCACGUCUCCCUACAGUUGUCUGCUUCCAUUCCUGUGGUCUUUGCCCAAAAUGCUGGAUGCUUUGGAAGCAGAAUGUGCCUGGUGUUUAUAUCAGUUGGCCCUGUACUCUGGUUCCCCCGGCCAGUUGUGGGUGCUCUUCGCUUGAGCUCUUUCUCCUCCCGUAGCUGCGAGAGAUGAGCAAACAGUUGGUUCUACCCUGUGGAAUGAGUGGAGGGUGAAUGGCAGAUAACUACCUUGUGUCCUGUUGAUGCGAGGAUCGAUGCCGAAGCAGUAGCACUGAGUAUGGCACAAAUCUUGUGCACUUGUGAACACUUGACGUUUCCUGCUUUUAAAUGCAUUUUUUUUAAAAAACAAACAAAAUUAGCAUUCUAAUGCUAGUGCUAUGGCUUGCGCCAGCAAACAUGAUUCUUUGGAUACAAUAGGGCUCUCUUUGUGCAACUUUAAAAGGAAAAAAAACACAUGCUUUUGCUAGCAUAAUGGCUUUCCUGCCAGCAGAAGUGGGUGCAUCGCGGUGCAACUAGCGGCAUUGUUAAACUGCUCCAGUAGUUGUGGAGGCAGAACUCUCAGUCUGCCCCUCUUUGCUUGCCCAGAACCCUCUUCCGAGAGGUGAAUUGAGCAGGAAGAUGCUUCAGUUUCAGAAGUUGUACGGUUGGUAGCACUGCCUGGGGAGUGCUGUGGAAUUGCAGAUAGGCAGAUUAGUGUCUUUACAUCUGCCCCAAGAGAAGUGCAUGUCUACAACCUGCAUUUGGUGCAUAGGUUAAGGACUUUGGAUGGUUUUUGAUCAUUUAUUCUCCUAUUUUCUUUUAACAAGGAGCAGGAGAGGCAUUGAUGUCACCUCCCCCAAGAACUGCAUUCUGUUGCCCUUCUAGCUUCUGACAGAUCUUUACAGCCAAUAAGAUUUUAUGCACUUGAAAGGGGCACCGAGCUGUGAGCCGUGUGGAGGGCCUUCAAGUGGUCCAGGAUGGAAUAAAAAACAUCUCUGUUGUCUUUUUGCAUAAACGUGGAGUUUGGCUGUUGAGAUUGCUAUUGGACAUCCUAAGUGUCUUCCUUCCAUUUUUUGAGUUAAUAUUUUGCUCUUGUGGCCACUGAGAAAGGGUGGCAGUGAUGGGAACUGUGAGGGAUGGGCCUUCAGAGUCAAGGGGGAAAUGGUGGUUAUCCUUGUCCAUGGCUCUUGCCUCCUUGUGAAUUAAUUCUCUCCAGUCUCCGUGCUGUCGCUGUCCUUCAGUCUCUUUCUUUCCAUACCAAAAGUCCCAUAUUUUCGAACAAACUGGGAAGCUGCGCGAAAGAUACAGGUGGUCAAAGUGUUCAGGACUGGGUGGAUUUGGCCCACGUGCCCCGGUUUAUGUACUGUCUGCAUGCAGGCAAUCCCAGUGGAUCUCUGCCUUGAGAUUGACCCCUUUCACUCAGGUGGGUUUUUUAGGAUUCUCUCGAUCUCAAGCCCCAGGACAGGUUGCCUUCGUGUUUUUCGUGCAAUGCAAGAUCCAAAAAGUGUCAACUGUGUGGGAGUAGUGUUUAUUAAAGAAAUAAUACUGUGUUUUUUCUAAGGAGGGCCACUAUUGCACUCGCGAAAGAGUCUCACAUUCUGGAAUGAUUGCUUCUGAGCGCUACCUCUGGCAGCUGCUUCUCUCUUCUGCCUGCCCCCAGGUUGUAUGUCCUGAGUCUGACCACUGGAUCAUCACUGACCACCCUUUCCUGCCCCGCUCCUUUUCUGCUGCCAUCGCAAAAGAAAUCGGCUGUUCAGCUUGACUGUCUUAGGCAAAGCAAGCAGAUUUGUGUACAUCUUGCUGAUAAUGUUUUGCAAAUUUGGGGGGAGCAUGGACUCUGGGCUUCUGUGAUGCAGGACUGGGUUAGUCCAAAGGAAAUUACUGUUUGUAGCAGUCAUUUCACUGGUGCCUGGCAUUAAACUUGCUGUUUUGGGGCCUUCUUGAGGCCUGAACCCGAA